GGGGAGCCUGCGGGGAGGCGGAGUCGCCUGGGCCGCAGCUGCUGCCCAGCUCGGGAUUUGAAAGAUUAUAAAGUCCGGGCAGAGAGGGCGGCGGCUUCGGAUGCGCGUGUGGCGGAAGCGCCGGCGGCAUGAACUACCCCGGCCGCGGCGCCCCGCGGAGCCCCGAGCGUAACGGCCGCGGCGGAGGCGCCUGGGAGCUGGGUUCGGACGCGGCGGGAACGUUCGGCGGCGGCGGCGGCGGCUGCUGCUUCGAGCACCAGCCGGGAGACGGCCUGCCGCUGGCGCUCCUGCGCGCCGAGCCGCUGCACCUGGCGCCGGGCACCGACGACCUGAGCCACCUUGCUCUGGACUCGUGCCUCAGCGACGAGAACUACGACUUCAGCUCGGCCGAGUCGGGCUCGUCGCUGCGCUACUACAGCGAGGGCGAGAGCGCGGGCGGCGGCAGCUCCUCUUCGCCUCCGCCGCCGCUGGUCACCCCGAACUCGGGGGGCGGCGGGGCGGCGGGAGGGGUCCCCGGGGAGAGGAAGCGCGCUCGGCCGGGCAGCUCGGCAGCCCGGCACCGCUACGAGGUGGUGACGGAGCUGGGCCCUGAGGAGGUGCGCUGGUUCUACAAGGAGGACAAGAAGACCUGGAAGCCCUUCAUCGGCUACGACUCUCUGCGCAUCGAGCUCGCCUUCCGGACCCUGCUGCAGACCACGGGUGCCCGUGCCCGGGCGGGGGGGCGCGAUGGAGACCCGGUCUGCGGCCCGGCCUCCAGCUCCGGGGAGGAAGACGAUGAGGAUCGCGCCUGCGGCUUCUGUCCGCGCUCAGCCGGGCCCGAGCCCGAGAUGGAGGAGCUGGUGACCAUCGAGCCGGUGUGCGUGCGCGGCGGCCUCUACGAGGUGGACGUCACUCAAGGAGAGUGCUACCCGGUGUACUGGAAUCAAGCUGAUAAAAUACCAGUAAUGCGUGGACAGUGGUUUAUUGAUGGGACUUGGCAGCCUCUAGAAGAAGAAGAAAGUAAUUUAAUUGAGCAAGAACAUCUCAGCUGUUUUAGAGGUCAGCAGAUGCAAGAAAACUUUGAUAUUGAAGUAUCAAAAUCCAUAGACGGAAAAGACGGCAGUGGGAUCAACUAUUCUGUUGUCUACCACCUCCCUCCCUUCUCCCUCCCUUCUCUGUUCAAAUGGAGAGGAUAUAAGGAGAGUACAGAUGCGACAGGUCUUAAACGAAAGCGUUCCCAAGCUGUUCACAGUUUCAAACUGAGUCGGAAUCAUGUGGACUGGCACAGCAUGGAUGAAGUGUAUCUCUACAGUGACGCAACAACAUCCAAGAUUGCCAGAACUGUUACCCAAAAACUGGGGUUUUCUAAAGCCUCCAGUAGUGGGACCAGGCUUCAUAGAGGUUAUGUAGAAGAAGCCACGCUGGAAGACAAGCCAUCGCAGACUUCUCACAUUGUGUUUGUUGUACAUGGCAUUGGACAGAAGAUGGACCAAGGAAGAAUUAUAAAGAACACAGCCAUGAUGAGAGAGGCUGCAAGAAAAAUAGAAGAAAGGCAUUUUUCCAACCAUGCAACACAUGUUGAGUUUCUGCCUGUUGAGUGGCGAUCAAAGCUUACUCUUGAUGGAGACACUGUUGAUUCCAUUACUCCUGACAAAGUGCGUGGCUUGAGGGACAUGCUGAACAGUAGUGCUAUGGACAUAAUGUACUAUACCAGUCCACUUUAUAGGGAUGAGCUAGUUAAAGGCCUUCAGCAAGAGCUGAACCGAUUAUAUUCCCUUUUCUGUUCUCGGAAUCCAGACUUUGAAGAAAAAGGGGGUAAAGUCUCAAUAGUGUCCCAUUCCUUGGGGUGUGUAAUUACUUAUGACAUCAUGACGGGCUGGAAUCCAGUUCGACUCUAUGAGCAGCUGCUACAGAAGGAAGAAGAGCUGCCUGAUGAACGAUGGAUGAGCUAUGAAGAGCGGCAUCUUCUUGACGAACUCUAUAUAACGAAACGACGGCUAAGGGAAAUAGAAGAACGGCUGCAUGGAUUGAAGGCAUCGUCCAUUACACAAACACCUGCCUUAAAAUUUAAGGUUGAGAAUUUCUUCUGUAUGGGAUCCCCACUAGCAGUUUUUUUGGCAUUGCGUGGCAUCCGACCAGGAAAUACUGGAAGUCAAGACCACAUUUUACCUAGAGAAAUCUGUAACCGCUUACUAAAUAUUUUUCAUCCUACAGACCCAGUGGCCUACAGAUUAGAACCGUUGAUUCUGAAGCACUAUAGCAACAUUUCGCCAGUCCAGAUCCACUGGUACAACACUUCAAAUCCUCUACCUUAUGAGCAUAUGAAGCCAAACUUUCUCAACCCAGCAAAAGAACCUACCUCAGCUUCAGAGAGUGAAAGCAUUGCCAAUAUCCCGAGCCCCGUGACCUCCCCAGUCUUAUCACGGCGCCACUAUGGAGAGUCCAUAACUAACAUAGGCAAAGCAAGCAUAUUGGGGGCUGCUAGCAUUGGAAAGGGGCUUGGAGGAAUGUUGUUCUCAAGAUUUGGACGCUCUUCAGCAUCACAGCCAUCUGAGACAUCUAAAGACACAAUGGAAGAGGAGAAGAAGCCUGUCCCUUCUCCUUCUACCACCACCGUGGCAACGCAAACCCUGCCGCACAGCAGCUCUGGCUUCCUUGACUCUGCAUAUUUCAGACUUCAAGAAUCGUUCUUUUAUCUCCCACAACUUCUUUUUCCGGAAAAUGUAAUGCAGAGUAAAGAUGAUAGCCUCGUGGAGCUGGAGCAUAGGAUUGACUUUGAACUCCGAGAAGGCCUUGUGGAGAGCCGCUACUGGUCAGCCGUCACAUCGCACACUGCCUACUGGUCAUCCUUGGAUGUCGCUCUUUUUCUUUUAACAUUCAUGUACAAACAUGAGCAUGACGAAGACGCAAAGCCCAACCUAGAUCCAAUCUGAACUCUGGAAGGACAUGACUGGCCCAAAACUUUUUUUUUUUCCCUGUUAAAAUGUGUCAAGAUACGGAGAUUUCAAGAUUCCAGUUUUGUUUAGGGCAAGAAAUACUUUAAUUUCUAAGCACUUUAUUUUAUUUUUAAAAGAGAACAAAAACACAUUUUCAGUUCUUAAGUUAUUUACUGUUUCUGUAAUUUUGAUUAUGAGUCUAGCAAAGCGCCUGCUGAGAAUCACCAGGCGUGCGUGAACGUGCGGCAGGCUUAGGAGAACUGGCCAUCAUGGUCCAGUUCUCCACAGGAGUCUAAUAUAAUGUAUUAAUCUAAAGAUACUCUAACUCUCAGGUGGUCAGAGCCCAGUGCUUUCUAUGUGGCGACUGCAAGGUGGCAUCAUGGUUUUUGAUUCUGUGCAGGCUUCCGUGUCCACAGUUCCUUUGAAAGAAGAAUAUAACAAGUAUAAAAAUGUUCUAAAUUUCACUUGUUUAAAAAAAAAAAACUAAUGCUAAAAAGCAAUAUUUCAACUAUACUUAUAAUUUAUUAUAAGAUAUUUCAGUGUAUGAAACAUUACAUUUUUAAUGUUUCUGUUGAGCCACAUUUAUUUUGUAUCAUGUUGAGGUUUCUUUUUCCCAAAAAUCCAUCUUUGUACCUUCAGACGACCAGGUGAUGCUGUGGCAUAGUCAGGUUUUUUGUUUUCCUUUUUUGUUUUGUUUUUCAUUAAAAACAUGGUUUCACACAGCACCAGUCCAAUUUUUUUUUUUUUUUUUUUUUUUUUUUUUUUUUUUAUGAUGUCCCAUGUACCUCAGAGCAAGCUGAGUUUUCAACACAGGGACUCCACAUUGGGUAUACUGCAUUCAUUAGCUAUAACAGAAAGGUAGAAAACACCUUUCUUUGGACUAGAGAGUUUGAUGACUGGAAAUACAUAAACACCUGUGUGCCAAGUAAAUAACACAUGCCGCCCACAAAUGCUAUUUAAAGCUCUAAAGAAAGCAUGGCAACUGGGGACAGGAAACAGCCAGGGAGCUCGGGGGUUCUGGGCUGUAAUUGUUUCCACAGUGCUGUUCAUCUGAAGUGUGCAUUCAUCGAUCUUGUAGCAGCUUCUUGAGGUAAGUGAACUCGUGUUACCAUGCCUCAUGUAUGUACUGAGGCACCAAUAUUUGCAGUGCCUUGCAUUAGAUUACACUGCAAAUGGAGAGUUUGGAUUGAAGCCAGACCAUCUCUUUUCUUUGCUACUUGAUGACUUUGUUGAUGUGUGAACCUGAAUAGUCUGCAGAUGUUAAUAAGCUGGAAAAGAGUGGCCUCAAAGCCCAGCGUUACCUGCAGAUACAUUCUGGACUCCUGCAGAAGUGGGUUCACUUAGGGCAAUGGUAGCUAUCCUUGCCAUGGCCAACACUCGCUUCCCGGUGACUUUCCCUAGGUUCCACUCAUGGUGCUUUCUUUCUCAUGUGUAAGGGGUUUCACAGCUGCUGGGAGCAGAGCCAGUCAGCCUACAUCCCUUUUCUUUGCAAGGUGGCAGAGCCCAUGGCUUUUUGUGAGUGUUAGUGCUUGCCCUCAGUGCUGUCGGCUCCUUGCUGCCAUUGAAUUUGCUCAACACAUAGCACUUGUUUGUAGUGUUUAAGCCAAGGCUGUGUGACUGAGUGCGUGGCUUGAUGUAAAAGCUUUUCAUGAAUCUUAGCAGAGCUGAACAUCACCGUUUGAGUUUGGAGAUUCCUGUGAACUCGGGUCAUUUUCAUUGCCUAUUUAUUUAGUGGCUCUCAUUUAAUUCUCAGGAAAAUUAACCCAUGUUGUACGGCUGGCGUUAAAGGUGGCUGAGCAUAUGUUGAAUAUCAACUGAAAGGAAAAGUUGCUUCGGUAAGCAAAGGAGUAUGUCUGCUUGCUUUUCCUCACACUGCAAGGCAGUCGAAUUUCACUGCAUGAGUUUAUGUCAACUCUUGGAAAGAACACCAUUCAAACCACUCCUUCAGUGAAAAGUAGAUGAUCUGCACCUGUGGACAGCGGUUUCCGGUUCAUAAUUUCAUCAGUGCUGAUGGUGAUUUUGGUUCUAUAGCUCAUCUCUCCAUCUCUGCAUGUAUUCAUGGGAUGUGCUGGCAUAUACUAAAGUAAUACACAGAGUAUAUGUAAUUCUGACUUGAUUUAGAAACCAAGUCAGUUACCAAGUAACAAAGUUUGCAAUUUUAUUCCAGCAAGUACUAAAUUGGCCCCCAAAAGUCCUGAUUUUGAUACUAAUUAAAACACUAUUCUCUA